GCUGUGUUGCUCGAUACGAUCACUAGGGGGCAAUAGCCAACCAAACUGCGCAUACGUGACGUCAUCGCAUUGUCAUGUUGGCGGGACGUCUCACCAUAUUUGAAAUAGUGGCGCAGCCAUCCAGAGCAAAGAAGACGAGCACAACAGCCGGACUCACUGCGGUCUCUCGGGUCGGGGUAGUGGCUCAAGAGCAGAUACAGGGAUGUCGUGGGACUUUUUAAUACCCGUGUGUGUCGGAGAUCUAGUCAAGACUGGAGGUACAAACCAGUAUGUGGUGCAGGAUGUGGUACCUCCGAAACACCUGGCCUCCUAUCUGAGUAAAUUCAAGGGAGCAGUAAGAAGCAAGGGGCCCUUGUGUGUCCUUGAACACUUUGACACUGGCUAUAGCGUAUUAAAGCAGAGCAACUCUGUAGAUUUGAAUGUCAAAGAGGACACUCUGGACUUGCUUGUUCAAGUUGUCAGCAGCCUGGCGUCCACCCUGCCUUCACUCCUCAGCUCCACCACUGUCACAGCUGCAGAACGACAGGAACAUCUAAAUGUGGUUAAGAUGAGUGUCUUCCUUCUCUGUAAGCUCACAGAGUGCCUGGAAAGUGACUCCUAUCGGCAAAGUAUAGUGACAACUACCAAGGGGGGUAAAAAAGGGAAGGCUGGAGAAGGCCCUGUGCAGUGGGAGUCAGAGAGAGAAACGGUGCUGCACGCACUUAUUCAGCUUCUUCAGGUGGAUAUCCGCUCGCUCUGGAGUCUCUCUCUAGUGGAGGAGGAGUUCAUCAGUUGUGUGACCUGUUGCUGCUACAAGCUCCUUGAGAACCCGACCAUUAGCCACGUGAAGAGCAAGCCCACGAGAGACUGUAUAAUCCACCUCCUCGGGGUGCUGAUCAAAAAAUAUAAUCAUCUUCUUGGUGCCACUGUAAAGGUGAUCCAGAUGCUCCAACACUUUGAGCAGCUGUCGUCUGUCUUCGCUCAGGCUGUGGCAGUGUGGUGCACAGAGUAUGGCCUCAGGACCUUCAUUGGAGAAGUUAUAAGGGAGAUUGGUCAGAGGUCAAGUGAGGAGCUUGCCAGAGAAGGUUCCGGCGUCAAAGCUUUUGCUGCCUUCCUUUCUGAGCUUGCUACUCUUGUCCCUGACUUGAUGAUCCCCAACAUCAGUGUGCUGAUUACCCACCUGGAAGGAGAGAGCCACACCAUGCGUGUGGCAGUGUGUGAGGUGCUGGGUGAAAUCCUCGUCAAGGUCUUGUGUGGCGACAGCUUGGAUGAGUCUGGAAAGGCAGACAGAGACCGCUUCUUUGACACACUGCAAGAGCACUUGCAUGACAUUCACUCCCAUGUCCGAGCCCGAGUGUUACAUGUCUACACAAGAAUUGUCAACAGCAAUGCUCUGCCUUUAUGCAGGUACGGUGAGGUGAUGGGACUGGCAGUUGGACGACUGAUGGACAAGUCAAUUAAUGUGGUGAAGAGCGCCAUCCUACUGCUGGCUGCCUUCAUUGCACACAACCCUUACAGUUGCAAGUUAAGCAGUGAAGACCUGAGGAAGCCUCUGGAGAAGGAAUCGGCUAAACUGAAAGAGAUGAAGGAGAAACUCGCUGAAAAAGUUCCAGUACCUGUGAUAAAAGCAUCCGAGCUGUGGGCCGCCAUGAAGCCUGAGCUGCUGGUCACUGUCAGAGCUGAGCUCGAGCCGCCCAGUCAAGCAGAGGGGGAGGAUGAUGACGGUGAGGAGGCGGAGGAGAAGGAGGGAGAGGAUGACAGGACAACUGCUGUGAUGAUCGCUCAGUAUCUGCGUGUCAACAAAUACAGAAAUGCAGUGCGUCUGUGUAUUCAAGCCCAGCGCUGCUUCCCCGAGUCGGAGAUGUUCGCUGCUCUGUCCUCUCUCACAUGUGACACACUAAUGGAAACGCUGGCUUUGAUUUUCAAAGGUUCUGAUGAGGAUCUUUCUGAGAUCAGCCAAAAUUUGCCACCUACUCCACAAAAAGGUGAGAGUGAGAAGGAAAAGGAGGAUGGUGAGCUAAAGAAGCAAGAGAUGUUGGUUCAAUACCUGAAGGACACGCAGACAUUUGCUUUGCAAGUGGAGAAGGCCAUUUCUGUCAUCAACACAAUGCUUUACUGGAAGACUACUUCAGUGGUCCAGGAGGCGGUGCAGUUCUGUGUGACCGUGCGUGAGUUUAGUGUGGCCAACUCCGUCAGUGGAGUGCGGAAAAUGCUGCCGCUGGUCUGGUCCACUGAUGCUGCCAUCAAAGAUGCUGUUGUUCAGGCCUAUAGACGCCUCUACCUGAACCCCCAGGGAGACACCACCAGGAUGAAAGCACAGACUUUAGUGGACAAUCUGUCUGAACUGAUGGUGGACUCAUCACUGGGAACCAUUCAGUGCCUUGGGGAAAUUUUUCAGGAGUUCUUUGGCAGCGGCAGCAGUUUGGAGUCUGCAGUUGUCCAAGUUCUGUGGGAGCGCUUCACUGGCAAGAAAGAAGUCUCCCCUCUGUACAGGAGAGCUGCAGUGCUACUGCUGGGCAUGGCUGCCAGGGCAGAAAGGGAGGUGGUCCUUAGUAAUCUGGACACUCUGUGUUCUGUGGCGCUUGGAGAAAAAGUGACCGAAGACUUUUUACUGGCGAGGGACACCGUGAUGACCAUCUGCAGCAUCACUGAUCACGUCAGGCAAUCUAAAGGGGCACCGUUCCGACUGCCACAGGAGCACCAGCUCUUCAGCUGCCUCUCACAGGCUGUAUCUGAAGGUGUGGUGAUGGAAGACCCGUACUGGCAGAGCUUCAUGGAGCUGGCUGUGCGGCUCAUCUACUUCCUGGCUGAAUCUCCUGACCAGCUGUGCUCGCGGUUGCUCCAGCGCAGCGCUCGCCUCUUACUAAGUCAGAUUGCUGAUGGAGGUGAGAUCAAUAAGGACGAGGUCCAGGCACAGGACGGCUCUCAGGAGUCCAGUGAUCAGGGGGAACAAGUGAACUGUGUGUGUCUGGCCCAGCUGUUGGCGCUCUGUGGCUGCGUUGCUUUCUGGCAGGUGUCUCACCUGGAGCGCAGUGUGAGCACUGAGUUACGCAGGAGGCGAAGAGAAACUGAAGAGAGGGAGGAGAAGGAGAAGGUCCCUGCUGGCAAAACUAAGCAGGCAGCAAAUGAAAGCACCAUGGAGGACGAACUGGGCUUGAUUGGUGCGUCAGCCGAUGAUAAUGAGGCGGAACUGAUCAAAAACAUCUGUGAGACAGAACUGCUGGCAGAGGAGAACCUGCUGAGUGCCUUCCUCCCCCUGCUGGUGAGAGUCUGCAGCUCCCCGGGUCGUUACUCCCACCCGCAGCUCACUACAGCUGCUUGCCUGGCGCUUUCGCAAUAUAUGAUGAUAAGCCCUUCUGUCUGUGAGGAGAACAUCCGCCUGCUCUUCACCGUUCUGGAGCGCUCCACUCUUCCUGUGGUCCGAGCCAAUGCUAUCAUUGCUCUCGGGGACCUCACCGUGCGUUUCCCCAAUAUCCUGGAGCCCUGGACGCAGAAUCUAUACGCUCGGCUCAGCGACAAAGUGCCAUCGGUGCGGCAGACGGCUGUGACAGUUUUGACUCAGUUGGUGCUCAAAGAUGUCCUCAAGGUCAAAGGUCAAGUCAGCGAGGUGGCCGUUCUCCUAAUUGACCCAGAGGCCCACAUCGCCAGCCUGGCCCUUAACUUCUUCAACGAGCUGGCCACCAAGGACAACGCCGUCUACAACCUGCUGCCGGACAUCAUCAGCCGGCUGUCGGACCCAGAGAGGGGGAUGAGCUGCGAGGACUUCAACACCAUCAUGAAGCAGCUGUUCUCCUACAUCACCAAAGAGAGGCAAACGGAGUCUCUGGUGGAGAAGCUCUGCCAGCGCUUCAGGACAGCCAAGACGGAGCGGCAGUGGUGCGACCUGGCCGUGGCCCUGUCCUUGCUCUCCAUGUGUGAGCGGGGUUUCAAGCGGCUGCAGGAGUGCUGGGAGUGCUACAGCGACAAGCUGACCGAGCCUGGCGUCUACCAGCCGCUCCUCUCCAUCACCGCCAAGCUGCGCCGCGGCGCCAAAGCCCAGUUCAAGGCUCAGGUAGACGACUUUGAGAAGCGGCUGACCGCCGUGCACACGCGUGGUCUGGAGAAUGUGGAAAGUCCCGAGAUGGAGGAAGAGAACCAAGCAGGGGGCCCCAGCGAGAAGACCACAGCACACACACCAGCGCCCUCUAGGGGCCGCGGCAGGACCAAGAGAGGUCAGUCCAAGUCUUCAGUUUCCACUCAGGACAGCAAUUAUGUCACGCCUCAAAGGACCCGCAAGUCUAAGAAGCCCAUGGUGACCUUCAGCAGCGACGAGGAGGAUGAAGAAGAUGCUGUCAUGAUCGAGAGCGAGACGCCCAAAGUCAUGUCGCCCAUUGGCCGCACCACCCGCCGCGCUCGCCUGAGGAACUGAGUCCUGCUGUCUCUGUUGCUGAAGCGCUUUUAUUCCUUUUACCUGUUUUAGAGUUUUCAAAGCAGCUUUUAUUCCCACUCUGGUGUUUCAAACACUCAGAUGUUUCUAAUAAAUGUUUAGCUUAGUCCCAACUCUCGUCUCACUUCCAGCCAAUUCAUUUACACGAGCAAGUCACUCUGAGAGCAGCUCGCUCCGACGGAUGCUGACACCUGCGGAGUUCGCCUUCUCUUCUGUGGCCUCCGCUCUCAGGAAUCGAUCUCUUCUGUCCUCCUCCUCCGGCUCUCCACUGCCCACUUUCUCUCCUCACUGCCGACAUCACCCCUCUCCUCCUCCCCCUCGCCACACACUAAUCUCCCUGUUCCUCCUCCCACUCUGUCCUCUCCGAAAAGAUGAGAGGGACGCAGGCGCCGCGCCUGUGGAUGAUUGAUAUGUUAUGUAAAUGCGCUCAGCACUUACUGGGAGUCAAAAGAAAGUUGAGGCGGGAAGAUGCCUCCAUUCAGACCACCAUCUUUAAGAGCCGCGUGAAGUGAAGAAACUCAAGUCAAGUCGUCCUCCAUUCCAACCAGAUGUGUUGCUGUUUGAGACCAAAUCUGAGGUCAAAGGUGGUGAAGCUGCUGUCUGUGAGGAACAGCAGGGAGGCAGGUCAGACACAGACCAGAGGCUGAUGCUCCCUUCUCCCUCACUCUGUUGUCAAGCCCCUCACUCCGGAUCUGGACCCCAGCAACCUCCAACUUUAUUCUUAUUUAGUCCCUUUGCUGCACCUAGUCUGGGUCUAUCGCCUCUCCCUUGUCCCAUCUCGACUCUCAAAAGUGGACUGUCACGUUGGAAGAUUCAGUAGCACUUGUUCGUCUCUACAGAAACAGAAGCUGUCAGAGCUGCUGUGUCGGAUUGCGCCGGUUCUGCUUGGUGCUGAAUGAGUCCGCGGGGGUGCAGGGAGCAGAUGGUGCUGACAGACUGUAACUUACAAGACCAAGCUGGGGGGGGCUCGGCGGUG